CCUAGGGUGCGGCGGAUGCCCAUGGGCCCACACCUGCGCGAGAACGCGCGUGUCCGCAGGCGCGCGCGGCGGGCGAAGCGCUGGGGCCGCCGCUCCCCCUUCCCACGCUUGCUCGCGGGCCGUACCAAAGGCGCAGGGGGGAGCGGAGCGAGCCAUCGCGGCCCACCUGCGGCUGCGGGGCCUGGGCGGGGACGCGCUCCACCCUGGCCUGCCGCGCGCGCCCGGGGCGCGCGCCCGCCGCCGCUGCAGGCCCCUCCCCCCCGAUGCGAGAGAAGCCGGAGCGCCGCGGCCCAUGCUGAUCCGUGUCCUCCUCCUCCUCCCCCUCAGGCGGCGCUGGCGGCGGCCCCGGGACCCGCGGAAGCCGGCAUGCUGGAGAAGCUGGAGUUCCAGGAGGAAGCAGAAGACUCAGAGAGUGGCGUUUAUAUGCGAUUCAUGAGGUCACACAAGUGUUAUGACAUCGUUCCAACCAGCUCAAAGCUCGUUGUCUUCGACACUACGUUGCAAGUUAAAAAGGCCUUCUUUGCCUUGGUAGCCAACGGAGUCCGUGCAGCGCCGCUGUGGGAAAGUAAAAAGCAGAGCUUCGUAGGAAUGCUCACAAUUACAGAUUUCAUAAACAUACUACACAGAUACUAUAAAUCCCCCAUGGUACAGAUUUAUGAAUUGGAGGAACAUAAGAUUGAAACGUGGAGGGAACUGUACUUACAUGAAACCUUCAAGCCUUUGGUGAAUAUCUCUCCAGAUGCGAGCCUCUUCGAUGCUGUAUACUCGUUGAUCAAAAAUAAAAUCCACAGAUUGCCAGUUAUUGACCCUAUCAGUGGGAAUGCACUUUAUAUACUUACCCACAAAAGAAUCCUCAAGUUCCUCCAGCUUUUUAUGUCUGACAUGCCAAAGCCCGCCUUCAUGAAGCAGAACCUGGAUGAGCUCGGAAUAGGGACAUAUCACAAUAUUGCCUUCAUUCACCCGGAUACCCCCAUCAUCAAAGCCUUGAACAUCUUUGUGGAGAGACGGAUAUCUGCGCUGCCUGUGGUGGAUGAGUCAGGAAAAGUUGUAGAUAUUUAUUCCAAGUUUGAUGUAAUUAAUCUUGCUGCUGAGAAAACGUACAAUAACCUAGACAUCACGGUGACCCAGGCCCUGCAGCACCGCUCACAGUAUUUUGAGGGUGUGGUCAAGUGCAGUAAGCUGGAAACACUGGAGACCAUUGUGGACAGAAUAGUGAGAGCCGAGGUCCAUCGGUUGGUGGUAGUGAAUGAAGCAGAUAGUAUUGUGGGUAUUAUCUCCCUGUCAGACAUCCUGCAAGCCCUGAUCCUCACACCAGCAGGUGCCAAACAGAAGGAGACAGAGACCGAAUGACCACCGCAAGUGUAGACGCCCUCACAGGAGAACUUGAACAAAGUCUCGGGGUCACGUUUUGCCUCAUGAACACUGGCUGCAAUAGAAAGAGAAUAAAAUGGCUAAGAAUGUAUAUCAGGGUUUAGCGAUGGGUAUUUUUCCAGUGAUUUGUAAGUAUAGGAAAAGAUUUUAUGUGCUUGAAGAUUCAGGCUUGCGUUCAAAGACUGUCCUCAGACCCGUCUGAAGGAUUUCCAAUGCUGUAUGUCAUUAAAGUGCACUGUGUCCUGAAAUAGUACUACUUUUCAUUUCAAAGAAGUCAUUGGGAUGGAACAGGUGACAGAAAGUGAGUGAACGGCACGUCCAGAUCACGGUGCCUUAUGUCCAAACGCAAUAUGUCACCGCCGCUGCCGCACGCCCCAAAGUGCUGCUGAAGAGACGCCCGGCCCAAGUGUGAGCAUCUUCAAACCUUUACCCAGCCUCCUCCUUUGCACCCAGUGGGUUGAAAAGUUUUCAUUUGAGCAGAGGCAACCGAAAACGCCAAGUGCUGCUUCUAAGUGCUACGUGUCCUGUUCUGGCUACCGUGUCAGCGAGGCUGGCUUGGCAACCGCGCUUUAUUUAUUUUUUUCUCUCAUGCAGGUUUUCUACACAUCUUUUGGUGAGUGGACUUCACCAUACCUACGAAUAAAAUCUUGAUCAUUCUCCUAAGUGGAAAAUCUCUCUCGAGAGAUUUUAGUUUGGAUCUGGAAAGGCUAUGCCUUCCAAAACAAGCUACUGGGGCUGGAGAGAUGGCUCAGCCAUUAAAGGCUAGGCUCACACGAAACAGCCACUGUUGGGUCUUUUAAACGUUUAUGGAAACAGGCCGAGGUCGCAGGGAUGAAGUACCAGAAGACGUCUGUGUGUUGUUGUUUUUUUUUUAUUGUGUGUUGAAAUGUAAACUCAUGAUGUUUGUGUGACCGCUGACAAGACGCUUGUAACUUUUAUUGUGACACAUAAAGCAGUAUUGUCAUGCAAUUGAAGGGAAACUGUCCCCUCGUGUCAGUGCUCUGAAAAUGUUGACACUAUAUCUGUGUGUAUAUAUGAGCAGAGUUUGGGGGUUUGUUUGGGGGGUUUUGUUUUGUUUUCCAGAUCGAAAAUUAAAAUAAAUCCUAUCUACCAGUUUGCUAAAGUU